UAAUAAAAAACAAUGAUUCAGUGGGCUCAUAACGCACAAACACGACGCUUCUCCUCUCCUCUUCUCUUGCGUGUUUCAUCUCCCUCCUCCGCCAGCGGCGGCGCUCCUCCUUCUCCACCAGCGGUGACGUUUCCUCCUACCUCUUGGUCUUCUCUCUUGCUUCCCUUCUCUGUUACUUGAAAUAGGGAUAAAAAAGAGGAGAAAUAGAAAAGGAUAUAAAUUGGGGGGUGAGAAUAAUGUUCUUUGUUAAUCAAAUAAUAGAAAUCAAAAGCAAAGUAAAGAAGAGAAGAGAAGUGGUAGGUUGAAGAAAUAGGGAAGAGAAAAUGAUUCAAAGCAAAAGCUAUGAAGUUGUCCAACGUAAACGGAUCCACUCUAUUUCUUGCACUUUACACUGACGUAAUCAAUUCCAAGGAACUCUUGGAAAGUAUGCAAGCUGGGACAUUGGAGCCAGAAGUUGCACUACUCAACGCUUCACUUGUACAAUUUCUUAUAUUUGUGUUUUAUGUCAUGUCCAACACCAUGUACAAGAGGAUUAUAUCAUCUCAUUCUGCUUGCUUACACGAGAAGAUUCCAGAUAUUUUCCCGGUUCUAGCCGCUGCGCACAAGACACUUGUAGCCAAGUCACGGGACUCUUUGACCACACGCACUCUUCAUUCAGAACUCGUUUACAACUACUCAGGGUCCAAGCAUAUUACUGAAUCGUUGAAAAGAUGUGGCAUCUCUGAGAGCACAACUUAUAUCCUUGCUGCUCGAUUUGAUGCUAAUCCUGAUGAGAUAAAAGGCAUAGAGAAGCUCAUCAAUGGCAGAGAGAUUGACCUGGAGGAGUUGGAAGGGAGAGCAAACCAAUCCCAGAUACAAAAGCAUUACAAGAUAUCUGCACCAGAGCUUGGAGUAUCAUCGCUUGCAGAUGCAAUAGCUUGCCGAAUUGCUGCUCGUGAUGCCCUGUGAAAAGAAUGAUUGUGAUCUGCUUGUAUACUUCCAUGAAUAUUUAGAAAGCUUUGAGCUCCUACCAUAGGUGUUUCUAUCUUUCCACAUUUACUGAUUUUGAUUUUUCAAUUAUCAAUUUUACUUUAUAAGGAUUUAAUUUUAAAUGAUUUUUCACUUGACAUGAUUUAUUUUAAGACACUAUCAUAUUGGAUCUAUGUAACUGACUUCACUAGAAAAAGACUUUGGCAAAGUUGCUGUAUUAAUCUUAUUGUGGUCAUAUUUCUCA